CGCGGCGUUUAGACACGCUCACUAUUAGCGCUCUGUCCAAUCACACACAGAGCCAAAGUUAGUCUGACCAAUAAUCGCGGAGUGGGCGGAGUUAUGCUGCGCCGGCCUCACGUUGCACAAAUUGUCAAGCGCUCGGGAAUGGAUGAUGGUUUAGCUACGACCCUGGGACAUAACUUAAAACAUACUUCAAAAGCGGCCAAUUUUGAGUUUUGGAUACUGAAGCGGAGACACACGUAGAGUCGAAAAGGAGACUGUCUGUGGCUCAGGAGGUAGGGCGGUCGUCCCCUAACCAGAAGGUCGGCGUUUCGAUUCCCGCUCUCCCCAGUCCACGUCGAAGUGUCACUGGGCAAGACGCUGAACCUGAACUUGCUUCCAAUGGCCAGAGUAGUGCCUUGCAGGGAGAGCGCGAUCAUUGUGUUCAAGGCAGACCGUUACAUCCACACUGAGCGCUAGUUUAAUGAACAGUGAUUUAUUGUUACCACAUGGAACCCAUUCUCUCUGCUGAAUACAUGAAGACCUUUACUGAUCAAUGUAACUGGACAAAUUACUAUUACUGAUGUGUGACCAAAGUGCUGAGAUGCCUGGGGGUGACAGCGGUCCAAAUGGGGAGGAGCCUGCAUUACCAUUAGCCACGGGAAAUAAUGGAGGGAGAGAGAGGGUAUCGUCAGGGCGGCAGGAUGAAGGGCCGCAGUCCGGGCACGUCGAGGGAGAGGAUAACGGAGUUUUGGAUGGAGAAGUUGGGCAGGAAGAUGAAGAGAUGACUAGUGGGUCACAUGAUCUCUCUUCCUCAGCUGAUCACAGCCCUGGGAGCACCACUGGAUCCACCUCGGCUUCAACCAAGAGCAGUGAGCAUGCUGAUGGUGGCAGAGGGCAGGCCCACAGAGAGGUGAUGAUCACAGUGGCCGAGAUGAAGAAGAGGCUCCCAUCAGACAAAUUCAGUCGCAGCAAAGCCAGCACUGUGGAGGCCUUAAGUUAUGCUCUCAACUGUGUUAAACAAGUUCAAGCCAAUAGUGAAUACUACAAACUGCUGUUGCGAAAUGGCCAGGAUGAGAGGCAAGAUGCCACUGUUUGCACCCUGGAAGAGUUGGAGCAGGUCACCUCCGAACACACCCUUAAAAACACGGACUCCUUCGUGGUGGUUUUCUCCCUGUCAAGUGGCCACGUGAUGUACUCGUCAGAGCAGGCUCCCAGCAUCCUUUGCUGCAAGAGGAAAUUCCUUGAGUCAGCCAAGUUUGUGGAGCUGCUCUUCCACCAAGAUGUCAACGUCUUCUACUCUCACACAGCGCAGCCACACCUCACACCCUGGAGCAGCUCACACACGGCAGGGGUUCUGUUUGACUGUGCCCAGGUCAAGUCUUUCUUCUGCAGAAUUAGGGGUGGAAAGGACCGUGAGGGUGAAAUGUGUUACAAUCCGUUCCGGAUCACACCAUACCUGCUGAAGGUGCAGGUAACAGGAAGUAGUGGGGAUGAGGAGGAGGAGCCGUGCUGCCUGGUGCUGGCCGAACGCAUCAUCUCAGGAUAUGAAGCCCCACGGAUCCCCAUGGACAAGCGCAUCUUCACCACCACACACUCCCCCGGCUGUGUGUUCCUUGAAGUGGAUGACAGGGCUGUGCCGUUGCUAGGAUACCUUCCUCAGGAUCUGAUUGGCACAUCGUUGCUGACUUGCAUUCACCCAGAGGACCGGCCCCUCAUGCUGUCUAUGCACCGGAAAGUGUUGAAGUAUGCAGGCCAGCCUCCGUUUGAGCACUCUCCGGUGCGUCUCCGUUGUCAGAAUGGAGACUACAUCACCUUGGACACCAGCUGGUCUAGUUUCAUCAACCCAUGGAGCCGCAAGGUGGCCUUUAUCAUUGGACGUCAUAAAGUCAGGACGAGUCCACUGAAUGAGGAUGUGUUCGCUGCUCGGACUAAGGAGGAUUUUCCAGUUACUCAUGAGGAGAUAAAAGAUCUGCAAGGAAAGAUCUAUAAGCUUUUCCUGCAGCCUGUCCACAACAAUGGUUCCAGUGGUUAUGGCAGCUUGGGAAGUAACGGCUCUCAUGAGCAUUACAUCAGUGUAGCUUCUUCAAGUGACAGCAAUGGCAACCUGUGGGAAGACACGCACCGGGAAUCGAUGACUUUGCAGCAGAUCUGUGCUGAUGUAAGCAGAGUGAAGAAUUGGGCCCAGCAUACUAAUCUGGAUUCCAGCCACAAAAUUUCUUUUCUUGGCAAACCUGCCACAGCACAUCUGCCUCCUGCAGCCUCCAAACCCAAGGUCAGAGACUAUGAAGACAACAGGAAGCAAACACACAUUCCCUCCUAUCAGCAGAUCAACUGUGUGGACAACAUCAUCAGAUAUUUGGAGAGCUGUGCAGGUCCGGCUCUCAAACGAAAGAGUAAGUCUCCUUCCCUGGCCACUUCUUCCUCCUCAUCUUCUACUACAGAGGAAGACAAGCCUGCUGGAGCCACUGACACAGCUCAAGCUAGCUCAGAUGUGGUGGUGUUGGACAGUGAGGUGUCAGUGGGCCCUACAGCUGCAGCUGUAGUUGGAGCACCUCUAACAGACAUCACAAUGUCCACCAAGGCCAUGAGCGUAGUCUCAGUCACCAGUCAGUGUUCAUACAGCAGCACUAUUGUACAUGUGCCGCAGCCUGAGUCAGAGGCCACAGCGCUGGAGGAUGCCCCAAUGGGCAGUGAGCCUGCUGAUGCUGUCCCGACUCCCAUCCGGCCAGCACCGAGCCCCGCCACAGAGGAGCGAAGGUUUGUAGGCCUCACCAAGGAGGUGCUGUCAGCUCACACCCAGAAGGAGGAGCAAGAAUAUGUAGAUCGCUUCCGCCAUCACAUCCUCCAGAGUCCCUACAGCUCUUACCUCCAGUUGGACAACAGUUCGAUAGCUCACUCCCAACACCCAUGCGACUACCUACGUCCACUGAGCACUGGUGGGUGGAACCGCUCUCGAAGAGGAAUACCAAGACACAAGCACCCCAAACCCCAGGGAUCCUCAGACAGCUACGCCUCCCCGCCUGGCCCCCCAUGCUGUGUCCCUGAAUCAUCCUGGCCAUCUUCAGAGUCCUCCCAACCCCAGAUGGGAGCACCCUACAGCCAAACAUCCCCACUCCAGGCACCAUUCUUGCCCAUGAUAGUGACCCAGCCUAGCACAGAGCAAGCAGCCAGACCACAACAGCUGUCUGGAGCGACGCCUGUAGUGCUGCAGCCUCCUGACCAAACCCACCUCAGCUACAACUUCAACAACAUGCAGUCUGCUCAGAGCCUACCAGGCAUGCAACCAAACCAGAUGGAGCACAUUCGGAAUCUGCAGAAUAUCUCAAACCUUCACAACAUGCAGCUUGUGGCACCAGCCCAUAGCAUAAACCCUUAUGUGGCUCCAAUCAUGGCUGUCAUCCUGCCCAACUACCCCACAUUCAUUACAAGUUACCCAUCCAUUUACCCACAUUGUACUCCCUCCAUGCUGCCCCAGGCACCGAUCACCAUUACAGGCUUUGCCCCUGGCAGUGCACCCUUUCCGCAUCCCCAGUUUCAAGCUCAGCCUGGCUUCCAAACUCAGACAUCCCCUGGCCCUGUGCUUUGCUCACCCAAAGCCAGCUCCUCUGUCGAGGAGGAGGAGGAGGCAGCUGGGCCUCGGGCUUUAUUCUCCAGCUCUCGCUCGAGCUCUCCUCUGCAGCUGAACCUGCUGCAGGAGGAAUUGCCCAAGCCGAACGAAGUGCAGAGCAGUACGGGCCUCAACCAUGCCGAGAGCCUCCACGAACAAGAUGUCAAUGAGGGCGACGCCCCCAGUGAGUCUGGGAACAAUGAUGCCCAGUCUACAUCAAGUGAGCUGCUUGACUUGCUGCUGCAGGAGGAUGCCAGGUCAGGAACUGGCUCCAAUGCCUCAGGGUCUGGGUCAGGAGAUUCUGGUGGCUCCCUUGGGUCUGGAUCUGGAUCUGGGUCCAAUGGAACCUCCACUUCUCAUACUGGCAGCAGCAACAGCAGUAAAUACUUUGCUAGCAAUGAUUCAUCAGACACAUCACGCAAAGCCCGUAAGAGCCAGGAGGCACCGGCAGAGCACCAACACAGCUUCGACACUCGGGUGGAGAACUCACUGUGGGGCAUGAUCCAGCACACACCCAAGCGAGUCAUGAUGACGUACCAGAUACAUGCCAGGGACCGGAAUGAGGUGUUGGCAGAGGACAGGGAGAAGCUUCGGGUGCUUCAGCCCCUCCAGCCCUGGUUCAGCCAGGAGCAGAGAGAGGAGCUGGCUGAAGUCCAUCCCUGGAUCCAACAGCACACUAUCCCACAGGAAAUAGACACACAGGGUUGUGUGGGUUGCAACAUAGGCAAUGGAGUCACUCAGUCCCCUCACCCUUCUGCCCCAGAUAGCUCGUCCCCUGUGGAAAACCCUGAGCAGGACUCCAUUGGCUCUGUGGUGGAUACUUGAGGAGACCUGGAAACGACACCACCACAAAACAACCACUGUCCAGUUCACAGUGCACUAACUAGUUUGCAUUUAAGACUGACAGUCUUUUGGCACCAUGAUCCAUUUGUUGCUCACUGUGAGCAGAGGGUCCCUUGGACGCUGCCUCUGAACAUGAGCACUGUGUACACACCCUGUCUGUAGGAUGGGUGUGACCUGGGGAAAGGACAAAGACAGUACUGGACAGGUUUGAGUACUGGAACACGUGCCAGUGACACGGACUGCAGCUUGUACAGUAUGUUAAUUGUUGAGCGUAUUUUCUUAUUCCGUUGGUUGGUCUCUUGUUGUCCCAAGUAUCAUUUUUUAUGUUGCUUUGACUCAGAAACAACCGUGAACAUGUUGAUUAUUUCACAUUGCAUUUAGUGCCACAAACACAAGUCCACCCCAUUACUCCAAACUUUCUGUAGCAAGUCCUCUCUCCAGCCAAUAUCCUGCCAGAUUAUGACCCGACAGUACCUGUAGCUGAUGUUUGUGUGUAAGCAGACACAGUGCGGCCCCAAAGUUAGUUACCGAAUUAAUUUCAUCUUAGACUGUGUAGAUGCCGGUUUGACUGUCAGCGUGUGUGUUUGUCUGAAAGUGAGACAGUGAGAAUUCUAAAUGUUGUCACUCUUCUUAUUGUCCUGGGUUCAGUUUGCAGGUGACCUUGUGAGUGAGUGUGUGUGCAGGUGAUCGAUUGCAAGCUGCUUCCUUCUACACCGCCUGACAGUGCAAGACAGACCAGGGUUUUCUACUGUUUUUAGAUUGAACGUACAGUAUAUAACAGUACCAAGUAUUUUGUACAAAAAGUACACAAAACAAACUUCACAAAGUGUAUAAAAAGCCAUUUGUCUUGAAUUCAGGGACUGUUUAUUUGUGACACAAAGGAAUGAAUAAAUGAAUUCUGACCUAAUGUGUGAUUAUCUGUUAAACACAGUAAUUAUACUGAUACCUACUAUCAUGGCCAGGACACUUUGGCAAAAGAGAUUGUUAAUCUCAAUGAGGUUUUUCCUGGUAAAAUAAACAUUAAAAAAAAGUAGUUUAAACUGUUCAGGUAAUACACCCAUGAGUACCGAUAGUGCAGCAACACAGAAUAAUAACAAAGGCAGAUAUCAGCAGCAAAGUCUGUACAUGACUGACACAACCAGGGCUGUGACUACCGACGAGGACACCUAGGUCAUGUUCCUUGUAUUAUUAUUGAAUGUUUGGGGAUUAGUUUACUUUCUACCAAAUAACGUGGGUUUUUAAAGCUCAGUCUGCUAUUUUGUAGAAUCACUAUCUCAAUUUGUGUGUUUUAUAGGCAAAACAAAGAAAAAAAAUCAAUUAAAAAGUAAAAAAUAGAAUGCAGAGUUAAAUUUAUGAACAAAAAGUUCAGUUCUACCGGAUGUAACUUUUUAUGGCUAGUAAAAAAACAAGGGAAUGUAGUGUGAAACUUGAAUUGCCAGACCAACGGUGCUGAAGCAGACAUUCUGACUUGUCAGAACGUUAAGCGAACACAUCAGUCACAUCAAAAAAUAAGAAGAGGAACCCAUUCUGCAGAUUUCAAAGGGAGAAUGACAAAAAUAGUUGUGGAAUCACUGAGACCAUUUUCAUUGAAGACAUUUUCACAGGUGUAAAUAAAAUGAACGAUGGCUGCCUCAGUAUCAGG